AUGGACUUUUUGAACUUUGACUUUGAGGAGGAUGAAGGUGAGAGUGUUGUAUGUGUUUUGUUUAAAACAGCAAUCACUAAACGAAUGCCCUUAGAGCUUUAGCAGAAAUCACAAUUAUCUGUGUAUGUAUAAGAGCCAAAAAUGGAAAGCAGGGCAUUGGUGUCUUGAUGAAACUCUGAAGUAUUCAAGGUUAAGUGAGUCCAGAAACCAACUCUCCUUCCCCACAGCAAUCUUUUUCACAAAAAGAAACUAGGAAGUGAUGCUCACAUGUGCCAGGAAUUAUAAAGAAUCUCAGGUUGAUGAAACAGGCAACAACAGUGAGGCUGAGAUAGAAGAACCAACCACUAGUAUCACCAAACAGGGUUACACACUACCACAACAGAAAGGUUGUCUGGACUGGUAGGACUGGGGGGAGGGGGCAGAAUUAGGGAAGAACAUCUGUGCAAGGCUGGCACAGUAAAGCAAUUGCCUCGGGCAGCAGAUGCUAUGUAGAGGCAGUGGCAGCUUCUCAGUCAUUCCACCUAAGCCUUCUACCUGUUCGGUUUUGCCCCAUGGCUUGUCUUGCAUCCCUUCACUUGCCUGCUGCCAUCUGGUCCAGUGAGGGGACAGUAUUGCAUCCCUAGUGUUGAAGCAGCAUUCAGCUGCCCAUCCAGCUGGCUUCUGAAUAUGGAACCGGGGAAGGAGGUCACUACCUUAUCCUUUGCUGCAAAAAUUAUUGGGCCAACCCUGCUUGGGUGGUCCAUUUCGCUUUUCAAAAUAAGGGGUUGAACCUAGAUGGCUUUUUUUGGAUCCUUUAUUCUAGAUUAUUUCAUUUCAUUUACGAGCCAUUCAUCCAUUCCCAGCACCCACCAAAAUCUUUGAUUGUAAGUCAAGACAGUUUUGAAGCCCAGUUCAUUCUGAAUUGUGGUUAUCAAUUUUGUUAUUUAUUAUUAUUAUUAUUAUUAUUUAUUAAAUUUGUAUACUGCCCUCCAUCUGUAGACCUCAGGGCAGUUCACAACUCAAAAACACAAGAUAGAAACACAAAAUACAUAAUACAAGAACAAGAAAGAAAGAAAAACAAACCAAUAAACCCAACACACACCUGUCAAUGGCCUCGACUAGCCCUCUUUUUUUCCACCCAUAUCGAUACCUGAAUGGCUGAACUGGGGAUCAUUCGUGUCAAGCUUAAAUAUUGAAUAACACUCAAGAAGGUUGCAGAAGUGCAGCUCAGUAACCCAAUAAGUGGAAGGAAGAGGUUGAACACCCUGCGCAAAAAAAGCGAUUGAAUAAAGAGUAACACAUUUUUUUUCUUUCCUUCAUUUGGCUGGACGAGGUAUAGCAACAAAUCCCUUGUACAGUUUGAGUUGUCUUAAGGGGCAGUUUUCCAAAGCUGUUUCUGCCUAAUUGUAAAAUAAAUUAUGAAUUGGAGGUGAGAGAGGUGGAAUCACAUCUAAUAGCAUCUAGUUACAAAUCUUGCUUCCAGUGCCUGUGCAGAGUGGCAUUCAUACCAUUUCAUCUUAUUAGAGAACAGCACAACCCCCACCCCCAACCUCCAAAGCCUUCUCUGCCUGAUACAAAACACAGCUGGCGUGUCUUCCAAGUUAGCAACACAAGAAAGAGAUGAAAGCAGUUGUCAUCAUUUUAGGUGGUUGGGUCAACAAAAUGUGGGGAGCCCAGUCACUGUAAGUGAUUGUAGGUGUGAGAAAUGACAAACACCAAGAAAGGAGGAGAACCUCAUUUGAAAUGAGCAACAGCAGACCCAUUGCAAGGCGAACAUCACAAGACAGCUAGUGGUGGACUUUUCUGGAUCUCACAGCAGAAAGCAACCAUCAACCUCUGACAGCUUUUGGGUGAGUGCCAUGCACACUGGAGAGAAGGGCAAAGAUCCAUGGCUGGGGAAGGAGAGAGAAAGCUCUUUAAAGCGCUUGGGUUCAUGAAUGGCUUCACUGAUGGGCAACGAGGGCUUCUUGUGUAGUAUAAUAGGCAUAGCAAGGGGCUUGUAUUCCUAUUGCAGAAUGUGUGCAAUUAAUCUCAUUCCAGAUGAGUAUGGCGAGAUGUCAGAAGGCAGCACGUCUGCAGAGAUCCUGUCUGUUACUGACACCACUGACAAAGAAGAGAAGUCAAGGGAUGAAAAUUCUGACACAGACCUUGAGAUAGAAGGUGGACUGUUUAGUAUCUUGUCUUCCAACCAAACCUUCCCCCUCAGCCUCAUAAUAACCUUGUAAGAUAGUAGUGACUUUGUCGAAGACACUCACUAGUCAUGGGCCUGAGACAUCUGUAUCAGGAAAACAUCAAAUAAAAUGUGAACCAGCCAUGUACAAGAAUGUGCACCUACAUCAACCCUGCAAAUGGAUUUUCUUUGUUGUAUUGGUUUACCUGGUUGAUAUUGUCUUGAACACAAAUAGGAUUGAUUUAACUAUAGAUGCAGUGCAUAUUGUAGUGCAGGCUUGGCAUAACUGGAAGGAUCUUAUGAUUCUUUCCUGGAAUCAGCGUGAGUUUUGCACAUUUGCAAGGCAUAAGGGAGAAUUUCAGAGGUGUUCAGUUGCCUAAUAUUUUAGGGGCCAUCAGUUUAAACCUUUCCUUAGCGACUGUGCUACUGAAGUCUAGGUCAGGACACGUCUGUUUUCGUUGUAGUGAUCACAGGGGAAAUGCUAUGCCAAUCAGACUGGUUUGCUUUUCCAGAUGUUGACCGAUCAUUUGCAACCAUAAAGGGUGCAGAACUCUACAUAGAGGCUUGCAAGCUGGUAGGAGUGGUUCCUGUCUCGUACUUCAUUCGUAACAUGGAAGAACCCAUCAUGAACCUUAACCAUCAUGGGCUUGGACCCAAGGGAACGAAAGCCAUUGCCAUUGCUCUGGUUGUAAGUACUUCAAAUUAAUAGUCCACACUAUUUCACAUCAAGUUGAUAGGCUUUUUCCCAGUUUGGGGAGAAAGAAGAUUAUUCUUAAAUGAAGGAAGAAAGAGGACACUGUCUUAUCACUAGAUCUGGUUAACUGUACUGCGUAAAUGGCAACUUCCCUGUCCCCAUAUUUCCCCUUCACAUUUGGAGCUUAAACCAGAAUUGCAAUUGUACUGAUGUUCUUUGUUUACACGCUGCAACUUGGUCCCACACUGUUUUCCCCAUCAGAAUCACAUUUCCCAGCUCCUGCUAGCCCUGCUAGGGGAAAGGUUGGUACCUGUAUUAUUAAUUUUGUAAACCUAAGAGGUUCUAUUUACAACCAAGAUGUAAACAAACAAAAAAACAAACAGCCUGUCUUCCUCCCAUGGUAAAUACUGCCUUCUGUGUGUGUGUGUGUGUGUGUGUGUGUGUGUGUGUGUGUGUGUGAUUUUGAUCAAAGAAUUAAAAAAGGUAAAGAGACCCCUGACCAUUAGGUCCAGUCGUGACCGACUCUGGGGUUGCGGCGCUCAUCUCACUUUAUUGGCCGAGGGAGCCGGGGUUAAACAGGAAACUAUCCCCCCUCCACACACACACACACACACACACACACACACACACACACUAUCCCUAUAUAAUUCAUCUGUCUCCUGUUUAUAAAUUCUCCCUCUCCCAAAGCUGUUUUUCAUCUAGGAGUAAAGAUCCCAAAGGUGUCCUAAUCUGCUCCUCUGCUUAGCUGCUGUUUAAACUUUAAAAACAAAGCCCAUUAGCUGCAUUCAUCCAAUUAACGUUAGCUCCAAUGCUAACUGUCCUGGCUUACAGUUCUUUGUGGUUUUGUGAUGUCAAGCUGCGAAAACUAAUAUUUUGAGCAAACAGAGAACUUUUUAAAAAGCCUUUUCUGUCAGUCAGUUCUGCUGAUUUCCUGUAGUUCUCUAUCCCUCUUUGCAUUCUUUAGUCCAACACAACCAUCACCCACUUAGAGCUAGAAGAUAACUGGAUUCUGGGCGAAGGAGCCACAUACCUGGUUCAGAUGCUGCGGGAGAACUGCUACAUCCAGGAGAUGGUACCCAAUCUUUCCCUGUAUGGAGGGUGAAGGGAGUUCACUUACUUGAUGAGUUCAUUCUUUUUUUGGUAUUGAUUAUUAUUGCUAUUAUUGAUGUGCAAAGUGUUUUACAACCUUUUCUUGUUUAUCUCUGGAAACUGUUCACUGGCCUUCUCAUUUCACAAUAAUCGCUUACAUGUUUUCAAUGCAUGAAGUCCCAUGUUCAGCCCACAACCCUUCAGUUAUAUGUUCUCGGAUAUAAGGGCUAGGAAGGACUUAGGUCUGGAACCCUAGAAAACCAUCAGAAUCAUAGUAGUGGAUUGAUCUAUUGGCCAAACCUAUUUGGUGUUUCGCAACUUUCUGACUAGUUGCAGGACCUUAGCCAGACCUAGCAGAGUAAACACAGAAUCCACGGAAGCAAUUGGCAACUUGGCUGCAGACAGGAUAGACGAAGCAGGAACCAGGAACUUGUAGUUAGGUGUUUAUUAUAUACAGUGGACUAUUUACAGGAACAGAACACAGAUCUUUUGCUAGCUCUCUCAUACACGACUCACAACUCCUACACUGACACACAGAACUCUGAACCUCUGAACUACUGAACUAACACAUUCCAGUUAGUAGGCCAUUAAUUAUCACUCCCUUGAGAGAGCCUGACCAAUCAGGGAGAGGUCUCCAUGUCUCUGUUAUCACCAGGCAGACUUACUUCUUCAGAUUGCCUUCUGGCUGUCUGCCAAACCUUAAUUGACUCUGUCUGAGUAGCUGCACGUACACAGUUUCCCAACAUGAUCAGCUUCAGGAUUUGGGGAGUCCCUGAGCAAGAGAUUGUUGAUAUACCUCCUUAUCUGGUGGUGAGAGCCUGGAGACCAUCCCAGGGCCCUCUGCAGAAAUGCCAUGUGCAGCAGAGCUAAGCCCCACAUCAAAUUAUUUUGAAAGCUAAAUUUAGCUUUCUAAAAUAUACGUAUCAUUGCCCAUAUCAGUAUUGCCCAUAAGUAGCAUCUUCACACAGUCUCUUGAGUUCCAUGUGUAAGUUCAUCCUUUGAAUUCUGCAUUAGCCCCUAGAAUAACAUCAUACUCCGGGCCCAUAUUCACACAAAUCUGAAAGGCGGCUUAUCCAUAGAUGUGCAUUGAAAUUGUAAGGGGAGGAGAAAAUUUCACAUUUUUUUGCCGUCCUGUUUGUGAAUACAACAAGUCAGGGCCCAAAUACACAUGACUUUAAAUAAAUUAAUGCAGUCAACAUGCAGGUUGUUUCAAAUGCAAAUAGGAUCUAGAAGGAGGGUAUAGUGUAGUAGGGAACUACAGAGUGUGGAGAGUAUAAACCUUUCCCUUCUGCCAAGGUCUCACCAAAAGUGCUGCCCCCAACAAAUACUCCCUGCUGCUUGCACCAGGAGAGAAGCUUGCAUCAUAAACAAUGAACCCCCCCCCUCCUCGUGCAAACAGCAGGUGGGGAUGGACUUUCACCUGGGCCAGUGCAGCAGGGUAAAGGUUAAGAUCUCCUUCCACGCAUCUUACUAUUUCAAAGCUGCUCUCUCCUGCUUCAGAUGAAAAAUAUGCACAUUAAAUAUGCAUUUUAGGUGCAAUUAACGUUGACAUACAUAUUUAUACUUUCUCUCUGUAUUUUAUUUAAUAAUACAUUUAAAUGCAUCUUUUGAGAUGUUCAAACUGCGGAGAAGUGCAUCACAGCAUUUGGAGAACAGAAACAUCAGCUAAAUAUUGAUCCUCACCAGAGGUGCCGAGUUCUGUACCACAAUGGGGGGGGACACCUUCAUUGUGUGCAAGAUUGGGGGGGGGCUCAGCUCUAUCCCCACAUAUGGGGGGCGGCUAAGCUGUCCUCAGCCCCAUAGAGCUGGCGUCUAUGAUCCUCACAUGAAUCUGAGCAGUGUAUACCAUUUCAUUUUGUAUCUUUGCAAAGGUCCGACUCCACUUUCCUCAAUUUGGUGCCCUCCAGAUGGUAAUGCCAAUCAGCCAGUAUGGUCAGUGGUGCAAUGACAUCUGGAUAGUACCAUGUUGGGGGUAGGCUGGUCACAUUCCUCAAACACCUCUUUAUUCAGAACAGCUUCAUCCUUUUAAGAUGUUCGUCUUCUUUCCUUGCCUUAUUCCCCUCCCCCCCAUGCAUUUCAGAAUAUUUCAAAUAAUCAUCUCAACACAGAAGGAGCUGAAGCUAUCUGCAGGAUGUUCUACAAUAAUAUUUCAAAUAUCCGGGCUGUUCAGCUUUCAGGUAUGAUUUCUACCUCUAUAGACACAAGUGGAAUUACUCAGCAACACUGAUAUUUCUGAAUACUGUACACAGGAACACAUGAAAGUAGCCUUCCUCAACCUGGAGUCCUUCAGAUGUUCUGGACUGAAGCUCCUUUCAUCCCUCCCUGACCACUGACCACUGACCAUGCUGGCUGGGGCUGAUGAAUGUUGAAGUUCAAAACCAUUUGGAGGGCACCAAGCUGGGGAGGGAUAUUAGACAACAAGGCUGGGAAGACCUGUGCCUGAAUUCUUGGCUACUUCCAGUCAGAUCAGGCUAUACUGGGGCUAGAAGAAGAAGUGAACCUGCAGAUUUUCAUGUUUUUGUUAUAAAUGAGUGAGGGUCAAGUGGGACCUGCAACAAAAUGUUGCAGUGUGGAGUGCUUCCUAUUCAUGAUGCCAGCCAACCAUACCGUUUUCUAAGGGCCUGUCCACAUUUCAGCAGUAUUUAGCUGUUAGUCCACUUUUACCCCAUUUCAAUUAGACUGUAGUCCCGACCUGCACAUAUUUGAAUUUGUAUAUGAGGAGCAAUUUUGGUCUUUGCCGUUAAUAUCAGUAGAAGUUCCCUUUUGUCUCCACCUUCUAAUGUUCUGAUUCUAUUAUGUGUUUGUGAAUGUGAACGCCAUGCAUUACAUCUGAGUCAUUCCAAAGUAGGAAGUCUGUAAGCCCUUUGAAAGGAGCCAUGAAUAGGGAUGGGAAAAGGAGGGAAGGAAAUGAGAGAAACAAUCUUAAACCUCUGCUUUGUUCUGCAUUGUUUUGACGUGUGACAUUUGUAAUACACAAUCCAUGUCUGGGGACACAUCACACAAGUCAAUCUCUACAAAGGAAAACUGUGCAUGCAGUGUACUGAGCAACAAGUUCACAUAAAGCUAUGGUCAGUGCUUUUUUCCUGGGGGUACACAGGGAUAAGCAUACCCCUCAACAUUUUUUAGAAAAGAAAAGAAAAAGCACUGCCUAUGGUACAUUUAUCAGGAGGACUCCAGCUCCAAAUGCGGCUGUUUCAGUCAUGCACAAAAGAUAUAUGUACUUUGCAUGUGUUGUCUAUGUGAUUUUCCUACAUGGAAGUGAAGUCAAUGUAGGUAAUUGACUCGUGUGAAACAACCCUCUGUUAGCAUCCUCUUUUCCUCUUCAGGAAACAACUUUAGGGAAGAGACAGCACUAUAUUUUUCGGAAUCAUUAAUGGUGAGUAACUUGUGGGCUGGGGGAACUCUGGGAGUCUGUGCAAAAGGCAGUAAGUGAAAGGUUAUGAUGCACCCUUCAAAGUGAGGGAUGGCAAUGACCUGUGGCAGCGGGAAGAGAAGCUACUUCAUGCCUUGUCUGCUCAAAAUCGUUCUCGCCAACCUUUGUUUAUUCAUGCAGCAGGUGGGAGAUGGGACAGAAAAACUGCUGUCUGUAGAAAAGUACGAACAGGCGAAUGGCAGGAAGGGAAGAGCCCCUCACUCCGCCCACCUAGUGGUCACCUGAUUUUCUUUCAUUUUAAAAUUGUCAUAAGGAAGCCUAAUGGAACUGCUUCUCAUGUUUAAUUUAGCCCUGAGAGGAAAUGUGGGUGGCCAGAAAGGUGCUGUGGUAAGAGGUACCAUUAUAUUCCAUGCACUGGAGGACUGGGGAGGGAGUAUCAGAGAAUCAGAGAAUAAGAGACCAGAAGAAAAGAGGACGGGGAAUAUUUUCUUUCAUGCUAUAUCGACAAUGUUCUUCUCAAGUAAAUGUACUCAGUACUGUGAGUAAAAAGGAAGAAAUAGCAGCACACUGUGUUGAGCACAAUUUGUUUCAGUCACACACACACACCCACACACACCCACACACCCACACACACCCAUACCCAUUCUCCACUACAGGGAAUGAAUUCCUUCAUGCUUGUUGACUUCCUCUUGGGUGAAAUAUUAUUGCUGCUGAACUUUCUGUUGUUUUUUGGGGGGUGGGUUUCUUUAUGGGUAUUGAAAUUUUGAAAUGUUGAAAUCUUAAUCAGAAGCAGAACUUUGGGUUAAGGUGUGCAUUGAACCAGACACUCAGAGUAUGCCAACUUAUAAAAAUACCUGCCGUGAUGUUUCAGAAUACCAGUUGCUUGAAACCGCAGGAGGAGAUUGUUCUUGCGCUCAAAUCCUUCUUGUGACAUUCCCACAAGCAUCUGAGAACAGGAUGCUGAACUAUAUGGGACAGUGGCGUGAUCCAUCAGGCUCUUAUUUAUGUUCUUUUGUCAUCACUGUCAGUAUCUUGGUGGACUAGGUUGAUGCACACCCCAAAUGGGUGUUUAUGUGCACGACAAGCAAGGAUCAUUAGAUACUACAAAUUAGGAAAACGGGAUGUCUCAGUCCAGUGCUUGGUCUGAAGGCUGCAACUGAGCUCAUAGGUCUGUGCACCAUUUCUCCCUACAGGUCAAUUACAGGGUGAUAGAGCUGGACCUCAGCCACAAUGAGUUUGCUGACAAGGGAGGAGAGCAGCUGGGACAGAUGCUGGGUAACCUUCUUCAUUAUUUCUACAUGGCUACCUGUGGGACCAAAGAGUUACGUGCUCCCUGCUUCCACAAGCAGGAAGAAGUUCCAAGAGGCAACACUACCUGUUUGGUUUCCUUUUGGAGGAGAGACAGACCCUCCAAGUGUCCCUAUUUUCCAGGGACAUCCCUGAUUUACAGAAGCCAUCCUGGUUUCUGAUUUGAUCCCGGAAUGUCCUGCCUUUCCUUAGGAUGUCCCAAUUUCAUUGGAGAAAUGUUGGAGGGUAUGGAGAGAUUGCUGGAGUCUUCUGCUGCUUUUGUAACAGUUGGCUUAUUUGCAAAUAUAUAAAUAUAGCACAGGUGGAAACUAGCACAUUAAGCAUUCUUAGCAGGCAGCAGAUCCACUAACCCAUUCAUCAUUUAUUCUGCAAGAAGCCUAUUGUGCAAUGGCUCCUUCUGAAGCAGUGCAUUGGUAAAUUUAUCAUAACCAUUUGUUUAAAAUGGAAGAAUUAAAGAAGACUUUGGGAAAGCUAAUAUAGCAUUCAUGUAUUGUAAUGUUGGUACUCUGCCUUCCAAAUACAGUAUGAUUCCUGACAAUUUAUAAUAUCUCUUGACUGUGUAAUCCUAGUUUCACCCUUGCAAAACUAGUUCCCAACACCCAUAACAAAUUACAGUUUCCAGGAUUUCUUGGGGGAAGCCAGGUGCUUUCAGUGCUUUAGAUGUAUGGCGGACUGCCAAAACAAAGAAAGCUAAUCAGAAGGAGUUUUUUGUGUAAAGACUGCAAGCUCGCUUCAGUUCUUAUACUGAAAACAAUUUUUUCGGCUCAUAAUGUGCUCAGAGGCAUUCUGCAUCAUUUGUUAACUGGCUCAGGUUGAUAAAUCUUUGAGUUCUAAUUUUAAAAAACUUGGAGUGUGUCUGACAAACCUGAAGUCUGCUAACUCCUGCUCUGGAGGCAGAAAUGCAAAAUAAAUAAGCAGCCUCAUCAUUUCAUGGAUUUGAGACCAUGUGGUGGCCAGGAAGCAUUCCAUAGGCGCCAAGUCUAGCACCCACAAUGCGGGGCUCUGACGCGACUUCCGGUUACCUGAGGCCUCAUGAGACCUCUGAUGAGACUUCUGGUAGAAACCGGAAGUUGCUUUUGGAGGUCUUGCAAGGUCCUGGAUGUAAUCUCUAUGGCCUCGGAAGAGCCGCUGACCUGCCGACCCAAAGUGACAUCCUGACGUCAUGUUACAUUACAGGUGCCAUUGGACACCCAUAACCUGGGGCCCAAGUCAGUGCCUCUGAGGCAUUCAGUUUACUUCUGGAAUAGUGGGUAGCUUUGCCCUUCCCUAUUGUGGAAGGAAAAGAAGGCUGGCCUCACCAUGAAAAUUCAAGCAGUAGUUACCAAGGGUGGCCCUGUCAACUUGCUGUAGUCUUCUUUCUAUCAGAUAUACAGUGGUACCUCGGGUUACAGAUGCUUCAGGUUACAGACGCUUCAGGUUACAGACUCUGCUAACCCAGCAAUAGUACCUCGGGUUAAGAACUUUACUUCAGGAUGAGAACAGAAAUUGUGCGGCGGUGGCAGCGGGAGGCCCCAUUAGCUAAAGUGGUACCUCCGGUUAAGAACAGUUUCAGGUUAAGAUCGGACCUCCAGAACGAAUUAAGUUCUUAACCCGAGGUACCACUGUACAACAUAAUUUUGAUUUUUGACUUAUUGGACAAAUAAGCUUCUAAUACUCUUCCUGGGAAUAAUACCCCAAACUUUUAGAGCAUUUCCAUUACACACAAACAACACACAUUUUUUGGUGUUAAAAUGGAUGUCAGAUAUGUGAUUUCUAACCAGAUAAGAGUUUCCUUGAAAUUAAGUCUGGAGCUUACCCCCUUAGCAGAAAUAGCAUUUUCACAGAACCAAUUCAGCAUUGUUAAUGUUAUUAAUCCAGCAUGAAGGUCAGCGGAUGCCUGCAAGAGGCAGAUAAAUCCAUCAUUAUGAUGAGAGCCAAAGGGGGUGGUGGAUAGAUAGCUUGAUAUGCUUAUGCCUCCGUCAAAAUCUGGCUUGGAAACGAAGGCUUGCUUCUAAAAAAAGGAUGCGCCAUCCCAGCAGCUGUGAUGUGGUGCCCUCCACAUGUUGCUGAAUUCCAACUCCCAGCAGCCCCAGCCACUACGGUGGGAGUUGUAAUCCAGCAACAUCUGAGGAACACCAAAUUGGCUACUUCUGUGAACCAAGAGGGAAAGCUUCUGGGAAUGUGUAGGAAUCCAGCUGUUUUCUCAGAUCUCUUUCCACCACAGCUCUGCAGAGGCACAAUUGGGUCUCAGAAUUAGAAUCACCUUAGAAACUCUUGACUGAUUAUGUUUCAGUGUAUCUGUGUGUGUGUGUGUGUUUACGGUACACACACACACACACACACACACAUAGUGGUACCUCUGGAUGCCCCGUUUACAUCCUGAAGCAAACGCAACCCGCGUCUGCGCAUCUGCACGUGCACGGGUCACGAUUCGCCACUUCUGUGCAUGCACGUGAUGUCAUUUUGAGCACCUGUGCAUGCUUGAGCAGCGAAGCCUGGAAGUAACACGCUCCGUUACUUCCAGGUCGCCGCGGAGCGCAACCCGAAAAUGCUUAACCUGAAGCUACUUCAACCCGAGGUAUGACUGUACUGGUUGCCCCUUAGAAGUCUGGCCGUAGAAGUCUGCCCCUUCAGAAGGUUGCCCCUUAGAAGUCUGGCCACAUCCUUGGGAAAGAACCGUCACUGUUAACAACUAUAUGUCAUGACUGUAUCAUUGCUGCUGAGGCAUUUGCAGGGAGUGGGGAAGGCAGAAGGUUGAAGGGGCAGGAAGGUUUUAUUGUGAAAGGCAAAGAAAAACCCUCAGCCACUUCAUAUUUAAUGGCAAGAACACCCUCCCCCAACAAAAAAAAUCUUGUGAAAAGCAAAGGAAAGCCCUCAGCCAUUUCAUAUUUAAUAUCAAGAACCGACCUGCCCCCAAAUAUGAACCCCACCACCCCUGAAAUGUACAAAAAUCCCGGGGCCGUCCUAAUUAUGUCAAUGCAAGUCUGGGAUCAUCACAGACCCUCCUCCAAAGAGACAUUUAUUUUCACCCACCCCAAUCUUUUGCAUCCUCAGCAAGUUAUUUUCUUUUUUUUCUUUCUCCUCAGCCAACAAUGAAUCGCUGGAGGUUCUGAACCUGAGUUGGAAUCACCUGCGCAUGAAGGGGGCUGUAGCCCUGAGUGCAGGCCUCAGGGUAAGACUCCAUUGGGCCUCACCCUCGCGGAUCCUGGGGAGAGGAUCCCGGGAGCAAGGCGAGGCUGGAGACCAAUUCAGGAAUAAUGUCUGAACAGGGCUGGCGUGUGGGGAUGAAGAGGCAAUGGUGGAAAGAGGCCUGUGGUGAUUAAGAGCAGCAAACAGGGUGCCCUUGCUGCUCAAAGUACCUUUUACUGCCCCAUCUCAUAGAUGGUUGGGGUGGCGGGGAGAGUGCUGUUGUCCUCGGGUCCCUCUUUCUGGUUUCCAUGGGCAUCUGCUUAACCGCUGUGAGAACAGGAUGCCAGAGUAGAUGCACUAUUGGCUUCAUCCAGCAGGCUUGUCUUAUGCUCAGCGUGGCAGCAAAAUGGGCAUGCAUUGGGAGUUGGCACAUGUGCUUUUUUCCUGGGGGGACGCAGGGGUACGCAUACCUCUAAACAUUUUGUGAAUCUAACCGGAGAAGAAACUCAAAAUGUUAAAAUUUUUAGUUUCUUCUCUAGCACAGUGAAUUGUCAGUUCCAUUGAAUAGCACGUUGAUUGGUCAGUUUCGUUGUUACCACCUCCUAUGGCAGCUUCAUUUCCUGUCAUGAUGUUUCCUGAGUCUCAGACGGAAGCGAGCGUUUAAUGUGUGAAGCAGUGUGGAAUGUGGAUGUGUGUUGUUUUACUGAUGAAAAUUUGGCCUCAUUGAGGGGCAGUAUUUCAAUACGAGUCGGAAAACAACUGUGAGCUGUCAGCUGUGUAAUAUGAGACAAUGCAUGUUCUUCGUACUUUUGUCCAUUUACUGUAUUUAUUUUUCCCGGUUUGAACUAUAAAAUAGCGAUUCACUUGAGUCAAAAUGAGAGUACCCUUAAAUAUUUUUUUAGGGGAUAAAAGCACCUGGUAAGGCAGUACCAUACCCACACCAUCCAACUUUUUCAGAUAAAAAACCGGGAUGAGCGACAUUCAGGACGUGCUCCUGGGCAAGUCACGUGACCUGUGCCACUAUCUCACACCAAAAAAGCUUUUUUUGGGGGGGGACAAGGUAGCGUGUGAUACUGUGGCACCCAAAAGAGCCACUGUGGUCUCGCUUGAAAAAACAGGAUCCCCCCUUUCCCCCCCCCCCGGGACACUUCGUGGGUAUGCCGUACCUACCUUGCUGCACACUCCAGGCGAGGCCCCUCCAAGUCAACCCACAUUCCAGUAUGGGCCAAAGUCCAAAUUGGGCACUAUUAUUUAUUAUUUUCAAACACUUUUAUACCCCGCCAGUUUAUCUUUUAGAAGAUUUCAAAGCAAUGUACAGCAGUGAUUUUUUUUAAAAGCAUAACUAAAACCACAACCCACGAGCUUGGAAUAUAAACUAGCCCUGUGAGGAAAAUUCUGGCUGGUGGGUUAUAAGCUGACACAAUUGUCUGGCACCGCUAAAAGGAUUAAAAAUAAUAAUAAAAUCACUGGUGUUUGGGCAGGCACCAAGAGGAAAUCAAGUUACUUUAUUGUUUGGUGGUGCUAUUAAGGGUACAAGCUAGAUACCAUUAUGUGAAAACUGGCACUGAAGGAGCAGACAGGAUUUUGUGACUUGCAGCUGAUCCUAAAGGAAUUUUGGAAGAGCCAUUCACAUUGUAAUAAACUGGACUUUAACCAUCAGAGAGCUUUACAGUGCCAUCCUCAGCAUGUCUUCUUGGAAGUAAGCCCCUCAGUUGGUACCCAUCUGUCUCGGGAGACAAUGGAGGAGUGUGCCUUGGUGGGGGGAAAGGUGUGUAAAGUCAAACCUUUGGGAGUUACAGCGCCUGCUGUGGCUAUAGGUAGUGAUAUGAGAGAGACAUGGUUUGUUGCAGCUGGGCAGAUGAAGGUGUCUGUUUGCACUCCCUUGGCGUUCCUUGUCUCUGUGAUCCUCCUGAAGAGUUCUAUUUUUAUUUCUAUUAUGUCUCCAGAACUGGUUCCAGGGUGAUUUACAGGGUUAAAAAGAACAUAUACAUGAAACCACAAAUAAAUGUUAAUUUCUCCUCUCUCUUUCUCUUUCUGGAGGCCAAUGGAGCAUUGAAGGUACUGGACCUUUCAUGGAACGGUUUUGGGAAUGAGGGUGCUCUGGCCCUUGGGGAAGCCCUCAAGGUCAACAAUGUGCUAAAUGAGCUGGACAUCAGUUGCAACCAUAUCAACAAUGAAGGGACGUUAAAGUUGUGCAAGGGGUUAGAAGUUAAUGGUACCCUUAGAAUCCUGAAGGUAGGAUUUUAUUUUCUGAGCUGGUUUGGAGCUUGGCAGCAUAUGGUAUAUGAAUGAUGUUUUGUUUUUGUAAAUUGUUUAUUCAAAAAUAUUUCUAAACCACUUAAUUUUUUUUAAAAAAGUCUAAGUGUUCAACAACCCUACAAGUGGACUUAAAGAAACUAGAACAAUAUCAUAAAAGCAGACGUCAAAUGGUACAAAGUCCAGCCUAUUGAUCAGGGAAAGCCAGCAGAGAAAGAUACGUCUUUACAAGAUGUUGGGAGCAAAUAAUUGAUGAUGCUUCAGGUAUAGCUGAAGGAAGGGCAUUCCAAACUGGAGAAAACGUGUUAAACCGAAAGGUUUUUUUGUUGUUUGUUAGAGGAAAGGCUAUGUCUACAUCUACAGUUCUCUAAUCAGGCGGACAUGAAAUUAAAAAUGAGAAACUCAGUGGAAAAAGUAAAGAAGAAAUAUCUCUGCCCCUCCCCCACAUUAUAUAGUGAUUAGGCUUUGCCCUGACUAAAUUAUUAUUGUUCACUUUAAAGAUCUGCUUAUAUUUACUGUUAUGAUGUAGUAGAUAUAAUUGGGACAAGUUAUUUAUUUAUGAAUGCACUUUCAUAAAAAUAUAUAGCAAAGUGCAAACUAUAAGAAUAAAAUAAAUAAAAACAUCAAUAAAACAUCAAUAAAUAUACGGUAAAUACAGUACAUACUGAUUUGUUAAAAUUUUCAGGCAGUCCAAUGUGCCACUGCUGCUCCCACCUCCCAGUCCGCAUACCAUGGAUGGCAAUAGAUAAGCAGUGCGUUCCACUGCCCUUAGUCCUGUCACUAUAAUUCCCAUUUCUCAGAUCAAGAACUGAGGUAAAGCGUUUAUGUAUUGCCACACAAUAUCCAUGUCAGAACUGGAACCAUCCCCGACCUUUCAACUCAGUUCUUUAACCUUAGGACUACUGAUGGUGCAUUCCUUUCAAGCAAGUGAAAUCUUUCCUGUCUUCAGAUCAUCUCUGAUUUCUUUUCCUUAUAGAUGUCCCACAAUCCCAUUUCAGUAGAAGGCGCCAUUGCUCUCGUCUCAUGUGUCAGAAAGAACACAAGCACCAAAAUGGAAGAAAUCAAUAUUUCGGUAAGAUGCUAAGGGAGAGUUCAGUAGCCCUCAUAAUUCAUAAUGCUGAAAUCCUGCCUAGGCACAAAUGCAGACAAUUCCAGCAAGAAAGAAAAGUGUGAGGCAUCUGAAGAAACUGGUGUGGCUGCAUAAGGAGCUUACAGAUGAGCUGAGAUUUAAGAAGGGCAUCUAUUAAAAAAUGGAAGAAAGGGGAAAUCAUGAAGGAGGAGUAUACACGAGUAGCCAACAGUUGCAGGGAAACGGUCAGGUGGGCCAAAGCUCAGAAUGAACUCAGGCUUGCAAGAGAAGUUAAAAAUAAUUUUAAAAGGUUUCUUCAGCUAUGUUUGAAGCAAGAGGAAGAGCAAGCAAGUAGUAGGUCCUCUGCAGGGAGAAGACGGAGAAAUGCUAGGAGGUGACAGAGAUAAGGCGGAACUCCUCGCCACCUACUUUGCCUCUAUGUUCACCCAAGAGGAAAGUGCCCAAUCUGGUGAUAACAGAAUAAACAAUGCAAGGAGGCAGCAGCAGCCCAAGAUAGGAAAAGAGGUAGUAAGGGAACACCUAGCUACUUUAAAAGAAUUCAGAUCUCCAGGGCCUGGUGAGCUGCACCCAAAAGUACCAAAGGAGCUUGUGGAUGUAAUCUCAGAGCCUCUGUGUAUAAUCUUUGAGAAUUCUUGGAGAACAGGUGAGGUCACUGCAGACUGAGGGCAGGUAAAUGUUGUCCCCAUCUUCACAAAGGAGGGGAAAGAAGACCCAGGUGACUACCAACAAGUGAGCUUGACAUCAAUACCAGGAAAGGUCUUGGAACAGAUAAUUAAACAGUCAGUCUGUGAGCACUUAGAAAAGGAUGCAGUGAUUACUAACACCCAGCAUGGCUUUCUCAAAAACAAGUCAUGAUAGACAAAUCUCAUUUCUUUUUUGAUAGAGUUACCAACUUGGUAGAUCAAGGGAAUGCUGUGGACAUAGUGUAUCUUGAUUUCAGUAAGGCUUUUAACUAAGUCCCCCAUGAUACUCUUCUGGGAAAGCUGGUACAAUGUUGGUUGGAUGAGAUAACUGUUAGAUGGAUUUGUAACUGGUUGGCUGACCAAACCCAAAGAGUGCUCACUAAGGUUCUUUGUCAUCCUGGAAAAGUGACAAAUGAGAAGCCACAGGGUGUUGUCCUGGGUUCAAUCCAUUUUCCAUUUGUGCUGCAUCUUUUUAGAUUAUAAACCUGAGGACAGGGGCUGUUUUUAGUGAUUGGCAAAUCACACUGGAGGCCUUUUUUGGAUAAAUAGCAGUGUGUGUGUGUGUGUGUGUGUGUGUGUGUGUGUGUGUGUGUGUAAAUAGCAAAGUAAACAAAAAGUUAGAAGGGGGCAGAAUCAAUUAUGCAAAAUGAGAGCAUUUGUUCUAUUCAUAGAAUUCAAUUUUUGGAUUGCCUGGGCCCCAAAUUUUGAUUGAGAUGGAUUGCACAAGGUACUCUCAGCCUAUCCCCUGGACAUUGAAACCAACCAGACAGGCUCCAGGGUUGUCAUCCCAUUGUAACCGAUUACAGUGGAACCUCAGUUGUCGAACGUAAUGCGUUCCAGAAGCCUAUUUGGCUUCUGAAACAUUCGAAAACUGAGGCUCAAUGGGGCAGUCAGCAAGCCCCAUUGAGAAAAAAGAAAAAAGAGAAGCCAUUCAGCUUCCGAGACACGUUUAAAAAUGGAACCAUUCACUUUCGGUUCGUUGGAGUUUGGGAGCCGAAACAUUUGGCUUCUGAGACAUUUGGCUUCCAAUGUUCCACUGUAUAUGGAAAUGGGAUCUAGCCUGUCUGCCCUAAAUCCAAUCUGCUCUGCUUUAGAAUGUGCUGGUGAAUGAAGGCUUCAUCAGGUUGCUGGAUGUAGUCUGUGACAUACGGCCUGAACUAGAUGUUGUCUAUGGAGGGGUUGGAGGCCACGUUGCCCAUAAGAUUCCACCACGGCCAGAUGCAAUGAAGCUGAUUCAGGUGAGGUCCUCUUCUCGCAUUUUUGUCAUGUCAAAGAGAGAGAGAGAGUUUGCUUCUCUCUGGGUAGCAGUGGAGAACCCGUGGCAUUCCAACAAUGAUUAGGCUCCCAUCAAAUGGAGUUCAGUAACUGACAGGCCACAGGUUUCCCAUUCCUUGCUUAGUGGCCUUGCUGCAAAGUCAGGCUUUUCAAACAGUGCAUCCACCACUGGUUAUUUACAGACUGCACAUCUUAUCUCAAGGCUGCACUUGUACUACAGAAACACUGCAUUACCGGAGAGAGCACACCCCUUAAAAGCCAUGCUUUUGCUGCUCAUCAAAAUGAGGUUACUUAGGGUUGCCAUACGUCUGGUAAAUCCCGGACAUGUUCUCUUUUGGGGGGCCAACAUGCCCAUCCAUGGGGAAUUUUUACAUUUUAAAGGAAAUGUACGGGGGUUUUCAUUUGUUUUUGGCACGGGUGCAAGCCACGGCUGCUGUCACCCCGACCUUGCUUCCCUCAUCUCUCCUCUAGAGCAAUGUUAUGAAGUGUGUAGUUUGCAUGCAAGCUUGCAGUUCUGACAUGCAACCUGAUUCUCAGUUCUAGGGAAUUUUUGAUGUUGGAACCUGGAUGUACUCAAAAGUUGGGCACCACAAAAAUUAACAGACAACAGAGAUACAUCAAAAGUGGAUGGAUGGAUUCGGCUUAUUGUCUCAAAAAAGAGAAUUAGCACUAAAAUAUUGUUAAACGUCAGAAAACAGCACACUUACACUAGCCUUGGUUUAAAGGUAAAGGUAAAGGGACCACUGACCAUUAGGUCCAGUUGUGACUGACUCUGGGGUUGCAGCGCUCAUCUCGCUUUAUUGGCCGAGGGAGCUUCCGGGUCAUGUGGCCAGUAUGACUAAGCCACUUCUGGCGAACCAGAGCAGCGCACGGAAACGCCAUUUACCUUCCCGCUGGAGCGGUACCUAUUUAUCUACUUGCACUUUGAUGUGCUUUCGAACUGCUAGGUUGGCAGGAGCAGGGACCGAGGAACGGGAGCUCACCCUGUCGUGGGGAUUCGAACCGCCAACCUUCUGAUCGGCAAGUCCUAGGCUCUGUGGUUUAACCCACAGUGCCACCCGCGUCCCUUAGCCUUGUUUUAGAAAAGUUUAAAACCAAAAUGCCUUUUCGACAUAACCCUUCACUGCCCAGAGUGGCUGCAGCAACCCAGUCAGAUGGGUGGAGUGCAAAUAAUAAAAAUACUAUUAUUAAAGGUACAAGAGACCUUUAAUAAUAAUCUGGCCAUGCUACACAUAAACCAGCUUCCUAGUCAACUCCUGUUUUCAAAAGCAUGCAUUCUCUACAAGACUCAGUAGAUGGUGCUAUUGAAUGGGAAAAUAACUUUACAGUACUUCUGGAGAGAAAGCAAUUACUUUCCAACCUGACCUACCAUAAUACGUAAGGGUGGCAUACUCCAGGUGUUAGGGACUACAACUCCCAUCAUCUCUGAUCAUUGACCACACUGGCUGAGCCUGAUGGGAGUCCAUCAGCUUUGGGAGGGUACCACAUUGGCUAUCACUCCCCUACAUUUUGAGGGCAUAAACUGCUGUGCUGACACAGAGGUUCACAGGAGCCAAUAUAAGACUCUCCUCCUAGCAAUAUGAAGACCCAGGCCUGGAGUCAGCCCAAAUCUUCUUUCCACAAUUCUGAAAUAUAAACACCUUAAAAUUUGACUAGAUUACUCACAGCUUAGUUGCAUUGUCUUCGAUAGUGCUUGCUCCCAAGUAAAUGUGUAUUGGGCUGCAGGCUAAAUUGCAUGCGGCAGUGUAUCAAGUUGCGAGAGACCUCUUCCGGUAUCUUUUGAUUUUGCAAUUUAUUACCAGGCCUUUUGAGUCGAUAGCAAACAUUUCAAUAAUAAAUCCCAUGGUGAUAAAAUAACCCAAGAGAAUAAAACAGUGCAAAAAUAAUCUUAACUUCUUCCUCAGCACUGACAUAUUUAUAAAAAUCAACACUGUUCUUAACUGCUUAAAAGAGAAAAUAGAGCUGGCCUGAUGAACAUCUCUGGGGAGGGUAUUCCAUUAAGUGAGUGCCACAACUAAGAAUCAUGUACUAAUCUUAGGGCCCAUCCGUACCAUCCGAAAUACCGUUUAAUGCCUUGAAUAUUCCUGCAAUGGGCAGGUUUAAGUAAAUGGAUGAUAUUUUCAGUUAAUAAAGAGCACCCAAUAACAUAUUUGUAUUGUAAAUGCUUAAAGAUAAACAGGAAGGAAGCAAAAGAAUAAGCAGAAUCGCUUCAAGAGUGGUUCUAUCUAGUGGUUUUGAGCAACAGAAAAUGUAGCCUCUGCAUCAGAAGUCCAAGAUGUAGAUAUAAUCUGAAUAUAUAAGAAAAACAGUAAAUGCUAUCCAGGGGAGAGGGAUCAGACUUGUGGUCUCACAUAGGUUUCUUCUAUUUUCUAUUCCUAGAACUAUUUAGAUGAACACAAGUUGAGGCUCUGGGACUUCUUUAGGAAUAUGGACAAAUAUGGCAACAUGAAGAUUCCCGUGGCAGAGUUUCGAAGAACCAUGAUGCUGGUAUGUCCCAGAGGCCGACUAUACUAGAAUUUUAAAGAGAUUUGAUUGGUUUAAAUUAUCACGGAUUCUCUCAAAGACCCCUGGGUCUUGCAAGUUCACUGGGGUGUCUGCAAUAUUGGCUGGGAGGACUUCAGCCCUUUCCCAGAACUGCAGUUCCCAUGUUUUCCAUUGUUGGAAAGUGAAACAGUCAAGCAAGUAUGGAAGCAAUUUAAACGUUUAGUGUAGACAGAUGAAAACAAGACUCAUUUUCUCACAUUGGUACAUCUCUAGCUACUCCAAGUACCUACCACAAACCCUGUGGUUUAUUGUUACAAUAUUUCAUUUUCAUCCUCGUAAGUAUUGCUGGUACAGAGAAGCAGAUGGGAAGAGAGACAACUGGCUCAUCAAACAGUCAGGAAAAGCUGUGACAUUUGUUGGCAGGGGUCGUGGCUGUUUAGAGAACGAGACGAGUUGCAGAGAUUGAGCCAUCUGAACACAUAACUCAAACAAAUCAGUGUGGAUGCGCUGAAACAUUAUUGGCCAAAGUCUAGAUUUGAGAUUGGCAAUGGGCAGGGGCGGGUGCUGAAAUUAAAAUUCAGAAUUGGUAAUGGACAUAAAUAUUGGAAGUGGUGAGCGAGGGUCAUGAGAGUUGGGUUUUCCACCUUGUGUUUCAGGCCAGGAGUGCCAGCUUGGCUCCCGGGGCCGUGGGUGCCAUGCAGUGUGCAUGGCCAUGGCACCGAAAUUUGUGGGUUCCCAGCCCCUUCAUGGGAAAUUUUGUGGGUGCUUGGGUAUCCGGGGCCCAGGGAGUUGGCACCUAUGUUUCCGGCAGUUUGAGGUGUAUUAUUAUAAACAGGAUGUGUUUAGAGAUGUUGAGUUAGGAGGAGUCAGCAGGCUCUGUCUGUUGCAUGGUCCCUUUCUCAGCAGAUAAGAUAGGGAAGAGAGGGAGGUGGGCACUAUUACCUUACAGCCACCCAACAGAGGAAGAAAUAUAUCAGGAGGGCGGAACUUCUGUCCCUCCAGAUGUUACUCGACUCCAGCUCUGGCAAAGCCAGUGGCCAGGCAUGACGGCAGUUGUAGUCCAUCCACAUCUGAAGGGUCACAGGUUCCCCAUCUCUGGAAUAUGUAACUGUACUCCAUUUCAAUAAUGUUAUUCUUCUUGUAUCACAAGCAAAAAAAGAUUCCCUUGGACCGGGUACAGGUUGUGGAGCUGGUGCGUAAGCUAGACCAAAGCAGGACGGGGUACGUGGACUACAGGUGAGUAAACGGUAGCCAGAUUUGGCCUGUUACUCUAUUCUCUUCUCAAUUUCUGGUUUUCCGGCAAGAGAUCAAAUAGAUCUCUCAACCAGGCCACAGGUCUGCAUUUUCCUAUGGCAUGACUUCCAAAAUUAUUCACCUUUUACAAAUCUGCUUGGGAAAGGGUGCACACACUGACCUCCAUGGCGGUCUUUUGAGUUAGGAGGAGUCAGCAGGCUCUGUCUGGACAACAAGGAAGGACAACAAGGAGGGAGCCAGUCUAGCUUCUCUAGGGAGGGAAUUCCAAAGUCUGGGAGCAGCCACUGAGAAGGUCUGAAGGUGCUAAGGCUUGGACUUUGAUGGUCUCUAAGGGGUGGGACGCGGGUGGCGCUGUGGGUUAAACCACAGAGCCUAGGACUUGCCGAUCAGAAGGUCGGCGGUUCGUAUCCCCGGGAUGGGGUGAGCUCCCGUUGCUCGGUCCCUGCUCCUGCCAACCUAGCAGUUCAAAAGCAUGUCAAAGUGCAAGUAGAUAAAUAGGUACCGCUCCAGCGGGAAGGUAAACGGCGCUUCCGUGCACUGCUCUGGUCCGCCAGAAGCGGCUUAGUCAUGCUGGCCACAUGACCCGGAAGCUGUCUAAGGACAAACGCCAGCUCCCUCGGCCAAUAAAGCAAGAUGAGCGCCGCAACCCCAGAGUCAGUCACGACCUAAUGGUCAGGGCUCUCUUUACCUUUACCUUUAAGGGGUGGGCAAUCUUGUAUGCUUCUUCCUUGUUCUUUCCUUUGUAAAUUCAGUCUCUUCAUUGUUGUUGUUGUUGGUGGUGGUGGUGGUGUUAAAAUUAUUACCUUCCCUUCAGUAGCAUGUCCCAGGAUUGGUUACAACAAUUUUAAAUGUCAGAAUUAAAAACAGUUAAUAUACUGUCUUUGGCCUCAACACUUCCUAAGAGCCUGAAUGUAGAUUCAUUUCUAAAGUGAUAAUAGAACUGUUUUAGUGAUAAUGCUAUAUGCUAAGGUUUCCCAAACUUGGGCCUCUAGCUGUUUUUGGACUACAGUUCCCAUCAUUCUUGACCACUGGUCCUGCUAGCUGGGAUGAUAGGAGUUGUAGUCCAAAAACAGCUGGAGAACCCUGCUAUCGGGUUUAUUGUUCGGACAGCUCGCAACUUAAUGGCCAGCACAUAUUGCUUCCAGCCUCUGGCAGGCUGGUUAUGUGCCUUCAGCAUCAUGUGCAGGACUAAGCCUUCGGCACACAGCCACACAGGGGGUAAUUAUGUGCCCGAAGCCGAUUUCUACAUGUGAUGCGGUGGAUAGAUCUGACUGUGGGUUUGAAAGCAGCACAUGCAAAAAUACUCUUGCUUUGUUUGUUCUGUGCCCAGCGCUAAGUUCUUUUCAAAGGUCUGUUGGGGGAUGAGGGAGAAAAAAUCAGGUAUGCAUCCCAUAUCGUGUGAGCAAAAGGUAGCUUGUACAAGGCUCUGUUCUCCAAUUUUGGGCAAUUUCUCCCUCCCACUGCAGCCCUAUAUGACAUAGCUCACCAUGUUUGGUAGGCCCCCCGGCCUCCUGAGAUGCUUUUCAGGGGGUAAAGGGAGCAGCAUGGGGUGGGGGUGGAGAGAGUGGAAGGGAAAGGAAAGAUCCAUUGUGCAACAUUCUGCUUGUGCAACACUGGAUAGAACUCUCAGUAAACUUUCUUUUUUCAAAAAACAAAUCCUCACUGUUUUUUUCCUUCGCCUUUCAAAUUAGUAAUUAUAAAGUUGAGGAGCCAGAAAAGAAGCCUGAGGAGGUGGAAGAGGAAGAAGGCUAAUCAGGUCCAGGAGUGAGGUCAGCCAGUGAAGGAUGGAAGGAUAAGUUGUGUCAGGAAGCUAAGAAACAUGUCCUGUGGGCUGAGGGAGAUGUACUGGAAGUGGGGAAAUAAUCAAAAGUCUUGACUUUAGACCGUAAAAUAUACUGAAAUAUCAACUGAUUUCCAAAAGAAAGAAAUACAGAAUCUAAAAUAUUCUAGGGAAAACACAGUACAACCCCCCCAAGCAGUGCAUUUAUGAUUAUUAUUAUCGUUACAUUCCCAUGUGGAACUGUGUAUGUCAUGGUCUCCAGUUAGACAUUCCUGUCACGAUUCUCCCACCUAGGCUCAUGCCAUUUUGUGAAAUCCUUUUCGUUUCAGACAUCAUAAUCUAAUAUGCUUCAUAUUUAUAGCGUGGCAGAAGCAGUUUUAGUGCUUUCUAGAUCAGGAGAUGAAGAGCCUCCAGGUGUUGACAGACUCCAGUUCCCAUCAGCCCCAGCCAGCAUUGUCAAUGGUCAGAGAUGGUGGGAGUUGUAGUCCAUCGGGAGUGCGCUGGUUCCCCAUCUCUGCUUGAAACAAAGACACAUUUUUGCUGUUUCUGAAGCAAGCUCUUUUAAAAAUUAGUCUGGCAAGUGAUGAAUAACACACACACUUCUCCCAUUGUGUGAUUUGUUUGUAUUUCAACCCUUCAGCAGCCAUGCACUUUUCUGCCAUACAGCUCUGAUGUGGAAGUAAAUCCAUAUUGACAGUCAAAUGGAAUCUACACCCAUUAAAAACCCGCUGCGAAAUGUUUUUUAAUUUUUUUUUGAAAAAAUAUAUUGAAUUUGCCAUAGCUCACCAUCACCAUCUAGUGUCACAUUUGUAUAUUGCACUUUACAAUACAGCUGAGGCCUGAGAAUGGGCAAUGCUGGGCUUGGUAGACAAAUAGUCUGACUUGGCAUAAGGCAGGCACUGAUGUACUUAUGCUCCUAAAUAUUUGUAUUCAUUAAGAUAGUAUGCAUAAUUGUAGACUAAAAGCGAAAACAUUAAGAUACUUCAAAUUGCUGUGAUUUAAGGAUGAAGAGUAAGUGUAAAAGUUCCAAUCAGUCUGCCUUCCUUGCACACUGAGUUUCUGUUUCUUUCAGAAGAGUGAAUUUUAGCAGGUACAAUAUUUGCUUUAUCUGCAUAAAUUUCCACUCCUACAUGACUAUGGGCUGUUUGUCCCUCCGCUUUCCCCUGGAAAAACCCACACUUUAGUGCUGAAUCGGAACAAAUGGCAACCGGGUUUUUUGCAGAUUGCCCAUUUGUUCCGAUUUAGCACUAAAGAGGGAGUUUCUGGUGGGAAGUGGUGAGGCAAAGGCAAAACCCAUGCUCAGAACCAUGCUUUCUAGACACAGGACAGGCAGAAGUGGGGAUAAGCCUUAAGAAAGAUUUGGAGGUUGUCUUUUGUGCUUCAGAUUACUCCAGUCAGCACAUUUUGAGGCAUGCCUGUGGGAUCUGGACAAAUUUCUCAAAACAGCUGAGGCUUCCUAAGGAAUUUUGCUCUUCUUCAAGAGCUGAGAUCCUUCUCUUGCUUCACUGCAUGACAAAGGAGAUUAGCUGUAUUGCAAAUUGCAAGGCACUGUUGUUUUGCAAAGUAGCAACACUGGGCUGUGUGAUCUGCAGUGCCUCCCUUCUCAGUAUUUUGCAGGAGGAAUUAUCAUAAUGUUAAGUUUGCACAAAUAAAGCGGAUUAAAGUGCUCUGUUAAAGUGCAACAAAACCCCCUCUUUUUUUAAAAAAAAACCACACCACCGACUUUUUGUAGUUUUGAAAGAAACAGAGAAAUACAUGGAAAACUCUGAAAUGAAUGAAUGGAUGUACAAACACUCCACAACAGUAUUAGGAUGAAUGCAGAAUGAAUGCUCAUUGUCAUAUAACCACCCUGUAAACAAAGCAGAGGAAAUGUGCAAUAAAGACCAAACAUAGUCUAACCACCUUGUAAGCUUUGUGUAAGCAAAUCAGGUUGAAAUGCUGCAUAAACAGGUCAUCUGGAUGAGCCCUUAGCUAGAGAUACAGAGAACCGUUGAGCGGCUGAGUCACCAUGUCAAAAGUUUAAAGGUGAGUAAACUGAGUUCAGGGAUGCGGGUGGCGCUGUGGGUUAAACCACAGAGCCUAGGGCUUGCUGAUCAGAAGGUCGGCGGUUCGAAUCCCCGCGACGGGGUGAGCUCCCGUUGCUCGGUCCCUGUUCCUGCCAACCUAGCAGUUUGAAAGCACGUCAAAGUGCAAGUAGAUAAAUAGGUACUGCUCUGGCGGGAAGGUAAACAGCGUUUCCGUGCGCUGCUCUGGUUCGCCAGAAGUGGCUUAGUCAUGCUGGCCACAUGACCCGGAAGCUGUACGCCGGCUCCCUCGGCCAAUAAAGCGAGAUGAGCGCCGCAACCCCAGAGUCGGCCACGACUGGACCUAAUGGUCAGGGGUCCUUUAAACUGAGUUCAUGUGAGGCUGUUUUAGAGGAGCCCAAGAUGCUUCUUGUGCAGAUCCAGCCUUUAGAUGAGAUUUACCAUAGUUUUCCGUGUAUAAGACAAUUUUUUUGUUAUAAAAUAAUGUUAGAAAUUGGGGGUCAUCUUAUACACUUAUAGUACAGAGGGGGGGCCGGGCGAUUGGUUCCAGCCGUGAGCAGGAGAUUGUCGGCAGCGAUUUGGCGGGUGAUUGGUGGCUGUCGCAAGGGCUGCUGUCGAUUGGCUGCUGCUGUGGCAAGUGGGCGGGUGAUUGGUGGCUGUGACAAAGCCUGUUGAUGAUUGGCUGCCACUGUGGCAACUGGGCAAGCGGUUUUUGGCAAGCACCCCCACACACACAGAAAAGCUGAACAACUCUGGACAAUCUCCCCCCAUUUUCUUAAUUUGGAGUCCCCCAAAAUAGGGGUCGUCUUAUACAUGGGAAAGUAUGGUAAUUCUUGACAGAAUGACCAAGUUCCAUAGCAGUAGUUAAUCCAGUAAAAGGCAGGUCUGUAACAGAUAUAUGACUCUGUGAUUCUAUGAAAUUUGUGCAACCAUUUCUUUCUUAAUACAGGGUACUUUGAAUCUCACCAUUGCCCCUCUUCAAGAAUAUGAUAUUAUACAAGUUUGAUAAUAAGAAAUGUGGCACACUGAUAGUUCACAGUCUUUGAGUAAGCUAAGGCAAAAGAAGAGUCUUAAAUCAUUGAAAAUAUUUUUAUUCGGUGGGUUGGGGGGAAGCAAAUGCAAAAUAAGCUCAGGCAUAUAAGAAAAUACACACCAAAAUAGCAUGCUGACUUAGCUAAAACUGUGACUUAGCUAGAGGAUGAAAAAUGCUUUGUCAGGACUAGAUAAUAAGUUUCCAUAGUUAUAAAAGAAGUUGCUGUUCCGUUUGCAGGUUGGCUUCUUAAUCGCAGAGAACAAAGCGAGCCCAGGAGGACUGUAUAUUGUACUUAUUUCAAACAUCUGAACUGGCUCUUGGUUUCCCGGGUUCAAGGAUGACGAUCCAAUCAAAGGGCUGUUCUUUCUUUAAAGGCUUUAUCCAGCCUCUGUAGAUGGAGAGAAAGAAGGGCAGGAGCGGAAUAAAAUUGAUGCAUUGGCUAACUCUCCUGGGAAACCAAACUUCUUUUAAAAUCCUAAUACGAAAUGUUAUGUGCAGCAGACUGCAUUAUUCCUCUGUUCUGUACAGUGCCUGGCAUCCUGUUUGUUUGCACAUGUAAAAGCAUUCUCUCAAAGCUUUCACUUUGGCCAAAAGGGGUCUCAGAGCUGCUUAGAAGCUCAGUAGGGAGACAGUCCCUACCCUGCCCUCAGGCUUACAAUCUGAAAGAAAUGACACACUUAAAGAAAAAUAAAUGGGGAGGGAAGAGGGGAAUGCAAGCUUAGGCAACCAGGUUAGAGUUCUUACGCAGCAGCAGCAGCAGCAGCAGCAGCAGCAGCAGGGGUGUCCACCAGCUAGGACAGAAAGUCAGGUCUCUGUGCCCUCCAGAUUUAAGUACAUACUAGUAUUUUAGGUUUGCACAGUUAAAGUGCAUCAAAACACCCUGUUGCCUGAGUGCAACAAAUCCACUUUAAAAACAACACACAGACUUUUUGCAGUUUGGAAAGAGACAGGGAAAUGCAUUGAAAAGUGUCAGAUGGACAAAUGAUUGAUGGGAGGGCUAGAGAUGGGAAGGUCUGGGAAAAACCCGGAAAAACCCGGAAAAAUUGGGAAAAGUCCAGGUUUUUCCAAAGCUGUUUUUCCCCCAGGAAAAUGGUGUGUGUGUGUGGAAUAUUCAAACUAUAUCAAACUGUGUGUUGUUUUUUUUCAUUUUUUCUGGAAAAAAACAGCUUUGGGGGGAAAUGGGGGGGAAAUACCUGUCCCCCCCCCAAUUUUUCCGGUUUUCCCCCAGGCCUUCCCAUUUCUAGGGAGGGUGCGUAGACACACCACAAGCAAAUCAGAAUGAAUGUUCCUUGUUGUGUAACCACCCCAUAAACAAAUCAUAACAAAUGUUUAGUAAGGAGUGCACAUCAUCCAGCUGCUACUUAAGCAAAUCAAGAAGAAUGCUGAAUAAACAUGUCCCCUGGAGAAAUGAUAUGUCUGUUUCACACUCAUAUCCAGGACUGCCAGUCUAUUGCAGUCUUACACACCAAUGAUACCACUUUCCCCAGGGAGGUGGGAUGUGAACACCUGAUUACCAGAUGACUCUCUGCUUCCAGAAGGCCCCAUCUAUUGAUAGAAAUCUUCUUCGCAACAGUUGCAUGGUUGACUACUUUGCCAGUGCCAUCAGGAUGAUCUCCAGCAGUCCUGCUGGUUCUAUCAUCACUCUCCUGAGCAGACUUUAGUUUUGCAAUUAUAGACAGGACUGGGAGUGAGCUCAUCCAGACUAACCCUCCAACUGCAAAAUAGUAUCCUAGUAGAAAUACUAGACAGGUUUGGUAACUGCAGAAAAGAAGCACUUGAAGCACAGUGAUGAUCAAAGCACCCUCAAGGAAGCGAUACAAGAAAAGAAACCCAUGCAACAGGACAAAGCAAUACUAUGUGCUGCGUACUAAGGCAGGGCCUUCAAGGUGGUGGUUCUGCUACAUUGCUGAGUGCACCAAUGGAUGGACUUCUCACCUGGAAGCAUCCUUUGCCCCUGCAUCCACCCAGCCUUGCAGCUCACUCACACAAGGCUCCUCUGUAUAACAGAAACGGGAAGACUUGCAGAAUCUGCUUUAUUUUUCACUGGAAGGUUGAGGUCCACCAACUGGAGCCACAAUGAAAGACAGACAAUUAGAAUAAAAUAAUUCUGAGCCCAGGAAUUUGGUCCAAGUACCAAAACUGAACUGAUUGUACAUUCCUUGUACAAAUUUGCAGAUGACACCAAAUUGGGAGGGGUGGCUAACACCCCAGAGGACAGGAUCACACUUCAAAACGACCUUGACAGAUUAGAGAACUGGGCCAAAACAAACAAGAUGAAUUUUAACAGGGAGAAAUGUAAAGUAUUGAACUUGGGCAAAAAAAAUGAGAGGCACAAAUACAAGAUGGGUGACACCUGGCUUGAGAGCAGUACAUGUGAAAAGGAUCUAGGAGUCUUGGUUGACCACAAACUUGACAUGAGCCAACAGUAGUGCCGCGGCAGCUAAAAAGCCAGUGCAAUUCUGGGCUGCAUCAAUAGGAGCAUAGCAUCUAGAUCAAGGGAAGUAAUAGUGCCACUGUAUUCUGCUCUGGUCAGACCUCACCUGGAGUACUGUGUCCAGUUCUGGGCACCACAGUUCAAGAAGGACACUGACAAACUGGAACGUGUCCAGAGGAGGGCAACCAAAAUGGUCAAAGGCCUGGAAACGAUGCCUUAUGAGGAACGGCUAAGGGAGCUGGGCAUGUUUAGCCUGGAGAAGAGGAGGUUAAGGGGUGAUAUGAUAGCCAUGUUCAAAUAUAUAAAAGGAUGUCACAUAGAGGAGGGAGAAAGGUUGUUUUCUGCUGCUCCAGAGAAGCGGACACGGAGCAAUGGAUCCAAACUACAAGAAAGAAGAUUCCACCUAAACAUUAGGAAGAACUUCCUGACAGUAAGAGCUGUGCGACAGUGGAAUUUGCUGCCAAGGAGUGUGGUGGAGUCUCCUUCUUUGGAGGUCUUUAAGCAGAGGCUUGACAACCAUAUGUCAGGAGUGCUCUGAUGGUGUUUCCUGCUUGGCAGGGGGUUGGACUCGAUGGCCCUUGUGGUCUCUUCCAACUCUAUGAUUCUAUGAUUCCACACACACAAAACACCUCCGGUUAUUCCACCCUCUGUAUCAGAAAUGGGGAACUUCAAGCAGCUCUCCAGACGUUCCUCUCUGGCCCUUGCAACACCCCUUACUGGGGCCCUGACCCACAUCCUCCGGUACUUUUGCCUGGGUGGAAUAGAUCCUUGAGCUGUGAUUGUGGUGUGUAUCCAACUCAGACUAGCCCUCAGAUCAAUAAAAAUUCCUCUUCCCUGCUUUACAGCUUUUUUCCUUUCAGCAGUGUAAUUGGUGUGUGUGUUGCUUUGUUGUUGCCAUUGAUAAACAAAUGGGAGGAGUCAGAAAUCUUUGCCAAUGCACUGCAUAUCACCCAGAUGUUUAUCUGCCAGUACAACCUUCUGUCCAUCCCUGCAGUGUAUGGAAAUCAUUGUACCGGUUGUUGUUGUUUAGUCGUUUAGUUGUGUCCGACUCUUCGUGACCCCAUGGACCAGAGCACAGGCACUCCUGUCUUCCACUGCCUCCUGCAAUUUGGUCAGACUUAUGUUAGUAGCUUCGAGAACACUGUCCAACCAUCUCGUCCUCUGUCGUCCCCUUCUCCUUGUGCCCUCCAUCUUUCCCAACAUCAGGGUCUUUUAUAGGGAGUCUUCUCUUCUCAUGAGGUGGCCAAAGUAUUGGAGCCUUAGCUUCACAAUCUGUCCUUCCAGUGAGCACUCAGGGCUGAUUUCCUUAAGAAUGGAUAGGUCUGAUCUUCUUGCAGUCCAUGGGACUCUCAAUAGUCUCCUCCAGCACCAUAAUUCAAAUGACACUAGAAAAUGGCAAAUGAAGAAAAUGACAUUAGUAGAGACUUAGGCUGCACACCAUACAUUGAAAGCACAUGAUCUUCCCCAAAGCAUCCUGAGAACUGCAGUUUCCUGGGAACUGUAGCUUUGUUGAAGUUGAAGUUGAUCCCAAAAUGCCUUCAGUUCCCUCAUUCCUGCUUUUUUUUAAAUCCUCUCCUACCUAUCCUCCCUGUUGCUUCGCAGAGGCCUGGUGGACACGCGGAAUCAGAUGGUGCGUGACCAGCGGCGUCAGCUCAGGCUGGAGGAGUCGCAGAAGAAGAAGGAGAAGCACAAGAAUGAGCGUGUGCUGCAGACGUUCAGGAGUGCUGUGGAAGUGGCCACACCGCACAGCUCGAUGGUGAUCUCUCCCAGCCAGAAGUCAGUGGCGCAGGCGGAGCCUGAUAGUCCUCCGCCCACCCGUUCCUCAGCCACCCCUCUGAGCUCAUGGUAUUACCCAGUGGCGACGGCGGCAGGAGUGUCCACCAGCAGCCAACAUUCUGCUGGCCAAGCGCCCUCUUCCAGCAACCCGCUCUCCCAGAGCGAACCACAUUCUGCCUCAAGGGGCAUGCCAGCCUCCAACCUGGAAGUGAAAUUCUACUCUGAGCCAAACCUAAGUUGCUCGGAAGCCCCCGUUCGUUCCCAUUACAACAUGGCCACCUCAGAACUAGAAGUGGAUUCCAGUAUCCAACCGAGCGACAUGGCUAAGUCCUACAGAGUCAUGCCUGUGGGGAACAAACAUAUUCCCCACAGACACCACUACCAAUGGGCCCAAGAGCAUAACACUGUUGCCAAGAUGCAACAAAGACUCAGAUUGAAAAUUGCAAAGAAGAACAGAUAA